AUGUUACUUUCUGAAUCCAGAGCCAAUCUUUUCGACUCUUUCAAAGCUGAUUCUCCAGAUGAUGAGUUCAGCAAACCGAAGAGAUGUUUGAAGUCGGGAUCAAGCCCUCAUAAAUCAUUGAAUAUGAUUAUUUUGGAAGAUGAAAAUGAUGAUGAUGACGAACGUUUGGCUCGACGAAAGUCACGUUUACUUGAGCCUCAUCCCGCUAGUGUUAAUAGUCCAGGUGCUAGCUCUACUGCAGCUAGACGACGCGCAGACGCCGCAGCUCCACGUGGUAUACCUCAGGCACAAAUUGGUGAACAUUAUGGCAAUUGUAUUCGACUAGCUGCGGAAAAUAAAAUCACGGCCAAAAAUGCUUUUAACUUACAUCUGAUCGAUUACAUGAGUGAAAUGAUAAAAAAGGAGGACUUCGCAAGCUUCCAGAUCGCCAGCUCAUCGUUGGAUGCUGGAGCAAAAAUAUACGCAGGUCGUGUUGAUGCUGUACAUCAAGAAACAGCAAAAAAGAAAACUGCUUCACAUCGAGAUAUUAUCCAUAAACAACUAAAUAAGAUUCGAAUUAAAACACUAGCUGAAAAGAUUGAUGUUGACCCUUUGUUUCAACAUCAAACAGCUGCCUAUGAUGAGGGGGGUACUGCUGAACUAAGAUUAAACCAGCUUUCCACUGCUAAUGCUUCAUGUGAAUUGAUUUUAGACUCAUCAACUCCUGUUAUGCUCCGUACGUUGACCACCACUCAACCGAUAACUCCUAUGAAUGUUACAAAUGUUACUGAAUUUUUGUCUUCAAUGCUUGCAAGAUCACUAAAUCAACUAUCUAUAUGCUCUACGUUGCAAAGCUUUCGCUUUACCGAUUGGGAUCUAAACAAGAACAGUUUUUGA